ACGCUUCUGUUGGCUCGUCGCUACGUUAAUUGGCGAAGAGAGACCGGCUGCCGACUAUUAAAAUAUUAGGAGGUCGAACGCCGGACGGGUCGCAAAACAGCAGUAGCAGCAGCACACGCACGCCCAAGCAUAAGCCCAUCGGGCGGCAGCGGACAUGGACCGCUCGUACCCUAAUGGCGGUAUAUGUAGGCAUUAUUUAAACGGCUCAUGCAGGUAUGGCUCCAGAUGCCAUUAUCGACACGAGUUGCCCACUACACAACCACCCCAAAUAUGUCGCUACUUCCAGAAAGGUGCAUGCUGGUAUGGUGAACGCUGCAGGUACAUCCAUGUCCGCCAACCUGAAGGUGGUACAAAUAUUACUGGUCGAAGAAUGCCUGCACCAGCAGCCUCGCCCUCCACAUCUUCCUCCUCAUCCUACUCUGCAACCUCUUCCUCCACAUCCACAGUGGCUGAAGGCCCAGCUGACCAAAGGGGUUCCGAGACUUUUUCCUUUCUACAUAGCAAUCAGUCGCCAAGACGGCAAAAUGGUGCAUCAGGGUCUUCGGUAAUCUCUUCAACUGUCACAGAAGUUAGGACCCGUAAUUCUGGGAAACGGUUACAAGGUUCUGCUUCGCGAGUGUCUGUAAAAAGCUCUGAAUCUGUUUGUGCAGGUGCAUGUGAUAAAGAGGUAAGCCUUCCGGGUGGCACAGAAGCAGCCGGUGCUUCUGCAGCCGCAUUGUGCACCGAGGAGACUGAGGCGAUCUUCCAGAGUCGAGAUGUUAUCUGUGGCAUAUGCAUGGACAAGGUGUAUGAGAAGAUAGACCGCAGAAACAGGGUGUUUGGAAUUUUGCCAAACUGCACUCAUGCCUUCUGCCUAGAGUGCAUCAUGACUUGGAGGAAAACCAGGAACCUUGGGUCCGAUGUCGUCAAGACCUGCCCCCAGUGCAGGGUGAGAUCGGCCUUCUAUGUGCCCAGCAAGUACUGGGUGGAAGGUCAAGCAAAAGAACGUCUAAUAGCAGACUUCAAAGAGAAAUUCAGCAAGCGAAGCUGCAGUUAUUAUGCACAAUACAAAUACUGCCCCUUCGAGGCGGAUUGCCUCUACCGACAUGUCAGGUCUGCACGCCGCCGAUCAUUCUUGUGUAAUACAGACGAUGACGAGGAGGAAGAUGAUGAUGAUGACGACGACGACAAUGACGAUGAUGACGACGACGACGAAGAGGAGGAUGACGACGACGACGAAGAGGAGGAUGAAGACUAUGACGGUCUGCUAAAUUUCUUCAUAGCCAUGACUCUUCUUCAUUCUGACGAGGAUGAUGACGACGACAAUGACAAAUACAUUCCUUUUUUAUUAGCAGAGUAUGGCUUCUGAGCCCUGUUAGACCUCCCAUGCAAUUUUCACAGGGCAGAGUGAGUUGUCUCCACAAGACAUUGUGGCUGUGUUAUGAUGCGACUGUCCCCCUUGGAUCAACAGGUAUAAUUUUGGAGUAGGCAAGGCUCAGUCUUUAGUAGGUCACAUGAUGGACCUACUAUUCCUCAACCAGAGAGAAACUACUAAAUUGAUCUGCUGCAGUGAACAGCUAGAAAUAAAUUGGGCACAUUGGUCAAAUGACAGUGUUCUAGCUGUAAACUGUCUUGACAAGAUAAUGCAAACAAAUUUGAAGGCUGUGUUCCAGCCUCCCACUUUCUGAAGCCAUUGUUAUUCAAACAUUCAUGGCAUGUUGUGUGUUUUCUCUACGCCUCUCCAUUUGGAUUUAACUGCUCAAAACUGAGUGCCAGAAAAAAUUUUAAUUGUUGUUUGUCUGGACCUUUUUUAAAUUGUCAUGAAGAAAGAUUACUGUUCCCCUUUAUGGUUGAUGCUCUGAAUAUUCCUGCCUCAAUUUACAUUUGUGAUACUCUAACCUCAUUUUGACAAUCGUUGAAAUGUUUUGUUUUUUUUUAAAUUUCUUUUAAAAAAAAAUAAAAAUAAAAAAAUGCUGUACUCUUACACUGAAAAUAAACUUUCUCACUAAA